CUCGCAGGCUCUCAGACGGACAAACUUGCCGAAGAGAACACUUCGUUUUUGGGACCCGUCUUCUGCGUGACUCGCAGACCACCGCCACUUCCCCGGAACCGGGUCGGAGCCAUGGCCGUCGAGAAGCGUCGCUCGCCGUGCGCACUCAGCGUCAAGGCGCACGCCUUCUCGGUGGAGGCACUCAUCGGGGCGGAAAAGAGACGCCGGACGGCCGGGGAAGACGUGACGUCCGCCGGCUACGACCACGGAAGCGAUAUCCCUCCAGUGCCCGACAGCCCGGAGCCUCUGGCGGGCAGAGCGUGUGCCAGCGACCGCUGCGGCGAGGGGGAAUGUGCCAGUGACGGAUCCCAGAGCGAGGACGCGCUGCCGGAGAGCCCGCGGCCUGCAGCCGUGCGCGGCAGCGGCGAGGACACACGCGUGGACCUGCAGGGCUCCGAGCUGUGGAAACGCUUCCAUGAGAUUGGCACGGAAAUGAUCAUUACCAAGGCUGGAAGGAGGAUGUUCCCUGCAAUGCGUGUGAAAAUCUCUGGUUUGGACCCACAUCAGCAGUACUACAUCGCCAUGGAUAUCAUCCCCGUGGACAACAAACGAUACAGGUACGUGUACCACAGCUCCAAGUGGAUGGUGGCAGGCAACGCAGACUCUCCGGUGCCGCCGAGGGUGUACAUCCACCCGGACUCGCCUGCAUCGGGGGAGACGUGGAUGCGUCAGGUGGUCAGCUUCGACAAACUCAAACUCACCAACAACGAGCUCGACGACCAGGGACAUAUCAUUCUGCACUCCAUGCACAAGUACCAGCCACGUGUCCACGUCAUCCGGAAGGAGUGUGGUGAAGAGUUGUCCCCAGUGAAGGCCAUCCCUGGUGGGGAGGGAACACGCACCUUCUCCUUCCCCGAGACCGUCUUCACCACCGUCACGGCGUACCAGAACCAGCAGAUAACGAGGCUGAAAAUUGACCGAAACCCUUUUGCCAAAGGCUUCAGGGACUCUGGCAGGAACCGGAUGGGCCUGGAGGCGCUGGUCGAGUCCUACGCCUUCUGGAGGCCAUCUUUGCGGACACUCACCUUCGAGGACAUCCCCGGCAUGGCCAAACAAGGAGUCCCAGGAGCUCAUGGAGGUGUGGGCGCGUCAUCUCACCUGCUCUCCCCGCCUCCCUGCUCGUCGCCCUUCCAGGUUUGCCCUCUCAGCCCGAGCGACUUCACCUGCAGCCGCCCCGCUCUCCCCCUCCACCGCUACAGCAACCCACCUGAGCCAUUCCCCCCUCCCCGAGGCCCGCCGGCGUACGAGGGCGAAGCGUUCUGCUCCCUGCCCCUCUCGACGUCUCAGCUUGGCUACCUGCCCGCCCCGCAGGGCUAUGCCGGCCUGCGCCUGCACACGCCCCCUUACGGCCUGUACGGCUACACAUUCCCACCGUCGCCACGCCUCGCCGCCAGCCCUGACAAAAUGGCAGCCGCCAACCAGCAGAGCGCCCUCUUUGGUACGCCUCCAAGCGGGACGCUAACGGACAGUCUGGGCGUGCUUGCCACGGGACAGCAGGGCUUCUUGUUUGACUCUCGGACUUUGGGGCUUGGUGGGAGUCAGCCAGGGGGCGGUGCCUCACAGGUCACCGCCCACAUGGGCUGAACUCGGACAUCUACAAUUCUGCAGUCUCCAAAAUCCAAAUGCCACUCGGGAAUGGAUCCGGGUGGAUGAAGCUAUCGGGUGAUGUGAUAAUACACCACGUUCUGAUCCAACAAGAACCUUCUGUCACAUGUCCAGCCACACAGGAAGUGAGGUCUGGAUGUUUUGACUGUGGCCUGACUGGAACUGAUUAUGGAUGAAGGGAGCCCAGAGACUUCAAGUGAGCACUUGAGCCACUUUUUCUUGGAAGGUGAUCUCUGUGAACUCUGCCUUGUUGUCAAGGAGGAGCCCGGCACGCCUCAGAUGAUACAAAGCUACACAUUCUUCUCCGCACACAACAAGAACCUUUUGGACUUGCAUUCAUCACCAGCAGCCUGUUGCAUAUGACGUGAAGGACCACGAGAGGUCAUAGGAAAUGUUGCGGAAGGGAAAAAGAGCAAUAUGAUUUGCUCACUCUGUAGCGGCAGGAGGCGGCGUGGAAGGCGAGGAUAUAACGGGCACUGCGACCCUUCGCACUUAUGCACCUGCUUGGGCUCUCCAGAUCAGGUCAAGUAGCGCCGACCUUAAACUUUGUGGCCGAGGAACUCUCUCGCUCUCUUUGGCCCCGCCCCUAUAAAUUUUAUAAAGUAUAUGUAUUCACGCUAGAGCUUUUGUACGCAACUAAUUUAACUGACUGCACGCGCUGCCAUUACACAAGAGCAGCUUUGUUUCAUCGGAACCAAUGAGAAGGUUUAGCACAUACUGUAAACGGAUGCUAAUGGUCUGUCUGUGCAGUGAUAACCAGUCACACCACUCACCACUUAUUUCAUCACUUAUGCAAAACCUUUUGAAAAAAUGGAUUCAG